AUGUUUCUCCGCCGCUACUUCCUGAGAAGCACUUGCUCUCACUCUCUCCCUUCUCCUUGUUGCUUCUCCACCUCCACCUCGGGCCCACCUCUGCCGCGGCGAGAAUACAUGCCCAAUUCCGACUGCCGAGCCAUCCCUCUACGCGACAGAGUUGCUUACCUGAUCCGCUUGUCAGACCUGGACACGGCGGCCAAGCACGCGCGCCUUGCUCCCUUUGCGAAGCAUGAUGGUAACCGGAAUGGUCUGCGGCUCCGGAACCGGAACCGGGCCGAUGAUGGUGAGUGCGCCGUGGAUUGGGUCUGUGGCGCAGUCAUCGUCGCCAUGUGCAAAGCCAGGAGGUAUAGAGACGCCCUUGAUUUGAUCCGUUAUUUCUUCAAGGAGCACAAGAUGGUACCGCCACAGGGUUCCUUCUGUCACCUACUCAAAGGAGUCUUGGACGACUCUUCAAAUGCUGCAUUGACCCUCCACUGGGUGAAACGCUUGGCCCAAGCCGGAUGCUUCGAGAAUGCAAGUGCUAUGGCGCCUUUCGCUAUGCGCCUGGAGGUGUCCCACAUUCUCAUUCGAGGACUUUUGGAUCGCGGGGAUCUCGAAGAGGCUCGCAAACUCUUUGCCGAAAUCAAGCUCUCUGCCGACAUGAAUAGUUCAAUCAGGUACGGCACUGGCCACAACCGUCUCGCCCUUGCAGGUGCAACAUUCAUGGAGUAUUGGUUCAAGCAAGGUAAGGAGGAGGAAGCUAUGGAGUGGUACAGUAACUUAUCAGCUACGGAGCUGCAAGAUAUUCAGACACCUGGUGCCAUAGCACUCGUGGAAGUUCUUUUAAAGUAUGACAAGAAAACCCAAGCUUGGGCACUGUUCCACGCUCUUUCAGAUUCUAGUUCUGACACACCACAUUAUCAUCAUGUGGAUAAAAGUAAACUUAACACAAUAAUGGUGAAUGAGUGUUUCAAGAUGGGCCGGCUUCACACGGCCAUCCUGACGUUCAAGACUCCCUUUAGCCAUCCAUAUCCAGAAGCUAGUGGUUACGGAAACAUUAUCACUAGGUUUUGCGAGCUAGGGUGGUUGUCCGAAGCAGAGUAUUUCCUUGAAGAAAUGCGGAUGAAUCGCAUAAACGCUGACCUUUCCACAUACAAAGCCCUCAUGGAUGCAUAUGUAAAGGCAGGGAGAGUCGACGAUGUUCACCGAAUAUCAAACCACAUGGUCGACGCAUUUCUCAACCAAGUUGCUAAGCACUCUCGCCUCUCCUUUCCUGUUUACUAUCGAUCACUUUUAUUUUGA